AUGGUUGUUGACUGGUGGAGAUUCAGCAAGAGUUUAAAGAAUGAACUGUACCCGCCGGAGCCUCUCUUGCCGCAGAGGAGAUGGGGUGGGUCAGGCAAGAGAGAAAACCAAUGCCUCUUGUGGGGGCAGAUUCGAGAUGUGUUCCUUGGUCUGAGAACAAAUGAGAUGAGGAAGAACGGAAAAAGGAAAACGAAAACACGUUCCUUCUUAGCACAGUGUGGCCUGGGAGAUCAGCUCAUGAGUGUCAGUUUAGCUGCCGACUCGGACCCGUGGCCUGGGACUGUUAGAGUCCAUGUUGAGAGGGAUCGGAGCCAUGAGGGCAGUGUGGACCCCGUGGUUCCGGUGACUUCUAGAAGCCCACACCGAGUUUGUGGGACUGAGCUGGUCUCCACGGGUGGCAGUGGCGGUCUCCUCUCUCCCCAGAACUGUCUCAGCAAACAGCAGCUCCUCUCCGCCAUCCGCCAGCUGCAGCAGCUGCUGAAGGGCCAGGAGACGCGCUUCGCCGAGGGCAUCCGCCACAUGAAGAGCCGGCUGGCCGUGCUACAGAAUUCUGUGAGCAGGGUGGCCCCAGACGCCCCCCCAGUUUCCUGCCCGGCUCUGAGCGCCCCUGCAGAUGGCAGAAAGUUUGGAAGCAAGUACUUAGUAGAUCACGAAGUCCAUUUUACCUGCAACCCUGGGUUCCGGCUGGUUGGACCCAGCAGUGUGGUGUGUCUUCCCAAUGGUAACUGGACAGGGGAGCAGCCCCACUGUAGAGAUAUCAGUGAAUGCUCCAGCCAGCCUUGUCAAAAUGGCGGAACCUGUGUAGAAGGCAUCAACCAGUACAGAUGCAUUUGUCCUCCAGGAAGGAUUGGGAACCGCUGUCAGCAUCAGGCCCAGACUGCCGCCCCCGACAGCAGCGUGGCCGGCGACCCCGCCUUCAGCCGGGCGCCGCGCUGCGCGCAGGUGGAGCGGGCUCAGCACUGCAGCUGCGAGGCGGGAUUCCACCUGAGCGCUGCUGCCGCCGGCGACAGCGUCUGCCAGGAUGUGAAUGAGUGCGAGCUCUAUGGGCAUGAGGGGCGGCCCCGGCUCUGCAUGCAUGCCUGCGUGAACAUCCCAGGCUCCUACCGCUGCACCUGCCCCAGCGGAUACCGGACCCUGGCCGACGGGAAGAGCUGUGAGGAUGUCGAUGAGUGUGUGGGCCCCCAGCACGUGUGCCCCCGGGGGACCACAUGCAUCAACACCGGUGGAGGCUUCCAAUGCGUCAGCCCCGAGUGUCCCGAGGGUAGCGGCAAUGUGAGCUAUGUGAAGACAUCGCCCUUCCAGUGUGAGCGAAACCCCUGCCCCAUGGACAGCAGACCCUGCCGCCAUCUGCCCAAGACCAUCUCUUUCCAUUACCUCUCUCUGCCUUCCAACCUGAAGACACCCAUCACGCUCUUCCGCAUGGCCACGGCCUCAGCCCCCGGCCGGCCUGGGCCCAACAGUCUGCGGUUUGGGAUCGCGGGUGGGAACAGCCGGGGCCACUUUGUGAUGCAGCGCUCAGACCGACAGACAGGGGAACUGAUCCUUGUCCAGACCCUGGAGGGGCCUCAGACACUGGAGGUGGACGUUGACAUGUCAGAAUACCUGGACCGCUCCUUCCAGGCCAACCACGUGUCCAAGUGCCAAAGUACGAGUCCUGAAGACCAAAAGUCCUGCAACCUUAACAGCUGUAAACCCCAGUACCUACUAGACACUGGAGUGGGUAGAACAGCUUUGGAGCUCCAAAAGUGCCCCAUUCCUGCAAUACUGUCACUGUUGGAUCUGACAGCUCACUGAAAAGCUACCUUCUCAGGACCUGUGUUAAUCUGACCAGAUUAAGAACUCACUCUGUGAACAGCCCUACCAUUUGUCAAAAAUAAUAAGCAGUAAUUGUUUAACAUCGAGACUAGAGGUGGUAUUAACAGAGUCAACACAAGGCUAACAGGAAAACUUAGCAGAAAAAAACAUGGGGAUCUUUGAAAAGCUCUGACACAUCCCUGGGAGUCUAAAAGAUCAGGCAUGUGCAGGGCUUAGAACAUGCCCAGGAAAGACACGAAAGAGUCCUAAGUUCUCAUCUCUGGCCAGCCUUGAGGCUCUGCUCAUGCAGGAAGUAAAGCCCAAGGCAGAGUUAUAAACUACUGACUGGAAUAUUGAAGGUAUAUUCUAACUCACACACAGUUUCUCUGUAAGUACUGAAGACUUCUGUGUUGAAAGUGUUUAAGAAAAUCUCUGUCCAGUCAUUAGCUGACUAUUAAGGUAACUGAUCAUUGACUUCAACAGCCACACAUGACAAAAAAAAAAAUACAGACUUUACAGAAUUAGUCCAGGAAAAUCACUAAACAAACAAAAAUGACAAUAGCAGCAACAACAAACAAACCCUGGAUGAGGUAUUCUGAUUUAUGGAG